AUUGUCAGUCAGUCAGUCAGAGCACCACCAGAUCCGCUGUGGAAGAGUGUUAAUCCCAGAGACAGACCACACACAGACGGGCCAGAUAGUCCGCUCUAACCUCCCUCAGGUCCCACUGUUGUUUGUGUCGCAAGAUGGCCGCCCCCGCUCCGAUUGCCCAGGAGGAGUUAGAGGAACUGAGAGAGGCCUUCGCUAAGAUUGAUGUGGACAGCCAAGGCCACAUCAGGACAGGUGAUCUCAACGACCUCUUCAAAGCCGCCAACCUACCCCUGCCGGGGUACCGCGUCAGAGAGGUCAUCCAGGAUCUCACCAGCACGGGAGAACAGCACCAUGGCAAAGUCACCUUCGACGAGUUUGUUGACGUGGUCCACGGGCUGAAGAGCACAGAGGUGGCCAAGUCCUUCAGGAAAGCCAUCAACAAGAAGGAGGGACUGAGGGCUGUGGCCGGCACCUCCGAACAGUCCGGGACUCAGCACUCCUACUCCGAGGAAGAGAAGGUGGCAUUUGUGAACUGGGUAAACAAAGCUUUGGAAAAGGACCCAGACUGCAAGCAUGUUCUGCCCAUGGACCCCAACAACGACGACCUCUUCACAGCCAUGGGCGAUGGGAUCGUUCUAUGUAAGAUGAUCAACCUGUCUGUCCCUGACACCAUUGAUGAGAGGACAAUCAACAAGAAGAAACUCACACCUUUCACCAUCCAGGAGAACUUGAACCUGGCGCUGAACUCAGCCUCGGCCAUCGGCUGCCACGUGGUGAACAUCGGGGCGGAGGACCUGAAGGAGGGCAGGCAGCACCUGGUGCUGGGCCUGCUGUGGCAGGUCAUCAAGAUCGGCCUGUUCGCCGACAUCGAGAUCAGCAGAAACGAAGCCCUGAUGGCCCUGCUGAGGGAUGGGGAGACUCUGGAGGACCUGAUGAAGCUGUCCCCAGAGGAGCUGCUGCUGCGCUGGGCCAACUACCACCUGGAGGAGGCCGGCUGCCCCAAGAUCAACAACUUCAGCUCAGACAUCAAGGAUUCUAAGGCGUACUACAAUCUCCUGAACCAAGUUGCACCUAAAGGUGACGAGGACGGAAUCCCUCCUAUUGCCAUCGAUAUGUCAGGAGUGAGAGAGAAGGAGGACCUGAAGAGGGCCGAGUGCAUGCUGGAACAGGCAGACCGACUCAACUGCAGGCAGUUCGUCACGGCAACCGAUGUCGUUCGUGGUAACCCCAAACUGAACCUGGCCUACAUAGCCAACCUGUUCAACAAAUACCCUGCUCUGAAGAAGCCAGAGAACCAGGACUUCGACUGGAGCUCUAUUGAGGGUGAGACCAGAGAGGAGAGAACCUUCAGGAACUGGAUGAACUCUCUGGGAGUCAAUCCUCGUGUCAACCAUCUCUACGUGGACCUGGCUGAUGCCCUCGUCAUCUUCCAGCUGUAUGAGAAGAUCAAGGUGCCUGUGGACUGGGACAGAGUUAACAAACCUCCCUACACCAAACUGGGCAGCAACAUGAAGAAGCUGGAGAACUGCAACUACGCCGUAGAGCUGGGCAAGAAGGAGGCCAAGUUCUCUCUGGUGGGCAUCGCCGGACAAGACCUCAACGAAGGGAACCACAAACUGACCCUCGCCCUGCUGUGGCAGCUGAUGAGGAGGUACACUCUGAACAUCCUGGAGGAGCUGGGUGACGGUCAGAAGGUCAACGAUGACACCAUCGUCACCUGGGUCAAUGAGACUCUCUCCCAGGCGGGGAAGAGCACCAUCUCUGGGUUCAAGGAUGGGUCCAUCGGCAGCAGUCUGCCCAUCCUGGAUCUGAUCGAUGCCAUUCAGCCCGGCUCCAUCCGUUACGACCUGCUCAAGAUGGACGACAUGACAGAGGAGGAGAAACUCAACAACGCCAAGUACGCCAUCUCCAUGGCAAGGAAGAUUGGAGCGCGGGUGUAUGCCCUCCCAGAGGACCUGGUGGAGGUGAAGCCCAAGAUGGUGAUGACCGUGUUCGCUUGUCUCAUGGCCAGGGGGAUGAAGAGAGUUUAGGGGGCCGCAGUCUCACCUCCUGCAGGAUUUACUGCAUCACUCAGGGAUGGCAGCCAAAACCCAUUUCAAAACCAUGUGCUAUUCCUCUAAACUGCCACUUGAGAACUGUCAUUUUCCUCACACAAAUGAAGGACGAUAAGCAAUGAUUUUAUCUUUGAGAAAUAUGAAAUAAACACAUCAGGGUAAUAACUGAUUUUUUGUAUUAA